UCAAACGCUUCGAAGCGUUGACGCAGCCAAUCACAGCCCCUACCCUAAAAUCCCAAUCUAAAACCUCCGCAUGUGACACAACACACAGGGUUAAACGCCUAAAGAGCCUCAACCUCCGCUUUUCUGCCCGGAAGCAAAUAUAUUGCAAUAACGACACCACCGGAUUUUAGAUUUCGCUCCUAUAGGAUAGAUAGCUGCCAGCCUAUGAUGAAGCUCGGCAACCAGGUCCCAUUUUCUUAUUAAGUAUGGACUUCAACGUCUCUCUUCUGUCUAAGCUCGAUCAGCAAUUUGUCAAUUUCAAGUCCAAUUGAGCUCGACUUGUUGUACUAUUCCUUGCUUGCAUGCCUCAGUGGCUAGCAUUCCCGAAAUUCUGAACAACAUGCGGUCAUCAAUAUCGCUGUUCUACGCUCCCCUCCUCGCUCUCUUCACGCCCACCUUCUCUACCCCAAUCUACCAAUCCCUAAACCUAACCUCCUACCUCCCCGCCACCAAUACCGAUGCCAACACCAACGCCCUCACCUCCCGUGCCGACCCCUCUCUAACCGGAUACCUCGGCGCCUUCUUCCUAGGCGACAAACCCAGCAUAUACUUCUACCUCUCCAACGGCAACAACGCCCUCUCCUUUAAAGCCCUUAACAAAGGCAACCCCGUCAUCACCGCCACAAAAGGCACCGGGGGUGUCCGCGAUCCCGCUAUUGUCCCCGGCGGUGGUAGCGAAGCUGGCAAGAAAUGGUACAUCAUCGGCACUGACCUCAACAUUGGGAAAACGACAUGGGACGCCGCCCAACGCACAGGCAGUCGUGGGAUAUUCGUCUGGGAAAGCAACGACCUUGUGACCUGGGGUAACGAGAGGUUAGUCGUAGUGGAGGAUGCAACAGCGGGGAUGGUAUGGGCGCCGGAAGCACUCUGGGAUGAGGCGAAAGGCGAGUAUUUCGUACAUUGGGCGAGCAAAUUCUAUCCGACUAGUGAUACGAAACACACGGGGAGUCCCAGUGCUAUUAGGAUCAGAUAUGCGUAUACCAAGGAUUUCAAGACGUUUUCCGCGCCCCAGGAUUAUAUUAAUAAGAGUCCAACGAAUAUCAUCGACCUAGAUAUCCUGCCUAUCGGCGGCUCGUCAUAUGCGCGGUUUAUGAAAGACGAAACCGCAAAGACGGUAUUCAUGGAGCUCUCCUCAACUGGCCUCUUCGGCACAUGGACACGUCCAGGUGGUGCGUCUGCGAUUAUCCAGUCGGGGGUGGAGGGCCCAGCGGCGUAUUGGGAUAAUCAAGCUGCUGGGAAGGCGCAUGUGUUGUUGGAUUUUUAUGGCAGUGACGGGUAUAGGCCGUUUGAGACGACUGAUGUGCAGAAGGGAAAUGCGGGGUGGACGGCCAGUGAUAGGGCGAAUUUUCCGAAGAAUUUGAGACAUGGCGCCGUGUUGCCGGUGAAUGCGGUGGUGGUGAGUGCGUUGGGGGCGAAGUAUCCGUGAGGGAUGAUGAGAUUGAGAUGUGGGAGUACGGGGGGAAGGAAGUGCUGUGUGUGAUGUAGAUAUUUGUACAUAGGGAAAUGACAAUGCGGUGUGGGAAACUAAAGGGGUGUCUGAAUGCCCCCGAAAGAACUAGUGUUAGUGUGUUCCGUAAAUAGCUA